AUGAUGAUAAGACUUCCAAUGAUACUACUUAUAUUAGUAGUUUACACAAUUCAAUGUCAUAGUAUUAGUUUCCAUGAUCUAUUAACAUAUUUCACUUCAUCUAAAUGUGGUUAUGAAUCAUGUGACACGGGAAAACCGGGAUAUCUUAAUAUUCAUUUAAUACCGCAUACACAUGAUGAUGUUGGCUGGUUAAAAACAGUUGAUCAAUAUUAUUAUGGUGCUAAUAGCACAAUUCAACGUGCUGGUGUACAAUAUAUUUUAGAUAGUGUUAUCUCGGCUUUAGCUCAUCAUCCACAUCGUAAAUUUACUUAUGUUGAAAUAGUUUAUUUUUAUAAAUGGUGGUUAGUACAAUCAAAUGAAAUAAAACAUUUAGUGAAAGAUUUAAUUCAAUCUGGACAAUUACAAUUUGCUUUAGGUGGUUGGAGUAUGGCAGAUGAAGCAACUGUUUAUUAUUCUGAUGCAAUUGAUCAAUUAACUUAUGGACAUAUUAUAUUAAAAGAAUUAUUUGGUGAAUGUGGACGUCCAUUAGUUGCAUGGCAAAUUGAUCCAUUUGGACAUUCACGUGAUCAUUCUGAUUUAUUUCAAGAUGCCGGUUUUGAUGCUGUCUAUUUUCAACGUAUAGAUUAUCGUGAAAAACAAAAACGUAAACGAUUAAAACAAUUAGAAGUUCUAUGGGAUACUACUACUAAUAUAAAUAAUAGUAGUUUAUAUGGUUUAUUUACUGGAAUGUUUUAUGAUACUUAUUGUUAUCCACCUAAUUUAGAAUUAGAUGAUAAAUAUCCAGAUAAUACAAUUGUAGAUAAUCCAUAUAUUCCAGAAUAUAAUGUUGAUAGUAUUGUAAAGAAAUUUAUAGACUAUGUUCAUAUGAUAUCUAAAGCAUAUCAAACGAAUCAUAUAAUGGUUUUAAUGGGUUGUGAUUUUACAUAUGAGAAUGCUCAUUUCAAUUAUAAUAAUAUGGAUAAAUUAAUUAAGUAUGUGAAUGAACAACAAUUAUAUGGGAGUAAGAUUAAUUUAUUGUAUUCUACACCAGCAUGUUAUACAAAAGCAGUGAAUGAAGAAUUUAAUCGAAUCGGUACAAUCAAUCGUCGUUGUGGUGAUUUCUUUCCAUAUGCUAGUGGUCCACAUUCAUAUUGGACAGGUUAUUAUACAAGUCGACCAGCAUUAAAAUAUUAUGUACGUCAAGCAUCAAAUUUAUUAUCAAUAUGUGAACAAAUUCAUUUAUUUGCAAAUCAUAUUUUAACUAAAAAGUAUCAUCAUGAUAAUGAUGAAAAUGUAAAUCGUUUACGCAACGUAAUUGGUAUCUUACAACAUCAUGAUGCUGUAACUGGUACUGCUAAACAACAUGUAACUAACGAUUAUGCAUGGCAUUUAUAUAAUGCAACAAAAUCAUGUCAAUUAGUGAUCAAUAAUUCCUAUAGGAAUCUAUUGCCAAUCAAUCAAUUCAAUAUCAAUAAUCAAUUCAAUUUAAUAUUUUGUGAUUUAUUAAAUAUUAGUUUAUGUAAUGCAACAGAAUAUUAUCAGUUACAUAAUCAUCACACCAUUGAUGAUGAUGAUGAUGAUGACGAUGGUAUCUUGAUUCUGUUAUAUAAUCCAUUAGGUUGGAUACAAUCCAAUGUAUGGAUACGUUUCCCUGUAUAUAUUCCAAUGAAUGAUAAUAAUAAUAAUAUUGAUAAUAAUUCAUUAAAUAAAUAUCAAAUUAUAUUAAAAGAUCUUCGUAAUCCAUCACAACAAUCUUUACCUUAUCAACUAAAUUUAAUUAAUCAAAGAACUAUUCAAAUCCCUGAACGUCAAUCUUCAACACAUCGUUUAAAUUAUGAAUUAUUAUUCAAUCCUAAAAAUAUAUUACCAGUUGGGUUGAAUCUAUUUUAUUUCAUGAUUAAUCGUACGUCAUCAUCAUCAUCAUCAUCAUCAACAUCAUCGUCAGCAUCGUCGACAUCAUCGUCAUUUAAAAGUACAACACUAAGAAUUCCUUUUAUUGUUACAGAAACUAUGAAAUUACAACUACAUUAUAAUGAUUUUGAUAAUUAUGUUCAAAUUAUAAUAAACCCUAUUAAAAGUGAUAUUCCAAUAAAAUUACACAUUGAAUUAAUGUAUUAUAUAGGUGAAACAAAUGGACCACAAUCAUCUGGUGCAUAUGUAUUUUUACCAAAAUCUAAUUCAAGUGCGAAUAAAUUUGAUUCAGUUCAUGGAAUAAUAACACGUGGAACUUUAGUCGAUGAAGCUUAUAUUGAAUAUUCUUCAUGGGCUUCUAUGAUUGUACGUCUUUACCAUAAUGGAGAAUUAGAAGUUGAAUGGACGGUUGGUUCAUUUCCAUCUGAUAUGAUUGGUCGAGAAACUAUAAUACGAUAUACUAUCGAUGGAAAUAAUGUUCAAUAUCGUGAUACAGGUGAAUUCUUCACAGAUUCAUCUGGUAGACGUUUAAUAAAACGUUUACGUAAUCGCAGAGAUGAUUGGAGUCUACCAAUUCAAUAUCAUGAAAUACAAAAUAUUACUGGUAAUUAUUAUCCAAUUGUCAAUAGAAUUAUGAUUAAAAAUAUUUUACUUGAAUGGUUAAAUGAAAAAAUUCUAUUUGGUUUAGCAAUCUAUACAGAUCGUAGUCAUGGUGGAACAAGUUUAAAAGAUGGUCAAUUAGAAUUGAUGCUACAUCGUCAAACAGUUUAUGAUGAUAAUUUAGGUGUAAAUGAACCAUUAAUGGAAUUAGGAUUAGACAAUAAAGGUUUAAUUGUUCGAGGUACACAUAAAAUACGAUUUGAUGAAUUAUAUUUCAUUGAAUAUGAAGAUCGAAUGAUUGCUCAAACAAUGCGUAGACCAAUCCUUCCAAUGUUUAUUCCAGUGAAUAAAUUGAAUUUAUCAAAUCAUUUUAAUGGAUGGAGUGGAAUUACAAAAUCUUUACCGAAUAACAUACAUUUGCUUAGUUUAAUAUCAUGGCCUUUAAAUAUUGUUGACAAAGCAGAAUGUAAAAAACAACUUCUUGUCAGAUUUGAAAAUAUGCAUACAUUGAAUAAUUCUGAAUAUACACAGAUAGAUGUUACACAUUUAUUCUAUGGUAUUACAAUAAUUGAUGUAACAGAGAUGAUAUUAACAGCUGAUCGAUUAAAAGAAGAUGUUAUAUUACAUAGACUACAUUGGCCAACGGAACCAAUAUCUCAAGGUGUCGUAAAAAACUAUGAAAUGAACUCAUCGAGUAUUAGUUUGAAACUACCUCCAGAUAAAAUAAUGACAUACCUAUUAAGUUAUGAAAUAAAUGAUUCUAUAUAA